AUGGAUGGAUCCACCAUCGCAACACUUCAUGUAAACGGAAGGCGUAUCGGUCUCGGAUGCAUCGCUUUUUAUGCUGAGCUGGAGCCGUCUAUCUCCGUCUCGGAGCAAAACCUGGCAGACCGGGUUCGGUAUAUCAUGCGCUCGAAUAUAUUUGAUGUCGCCGAACUCGAACGACUACGACGUGAGGCUGUUCCCUCGUCGAAUGAAUCAAUGCUAUGGCUGGAGUUGCGGCUCCACAAAUUGCAGAGCACCCCGCAAACGUGGAAGCCGCCGUGGAUCCCAGUUGUGGUUGAUUCGAACGAUGAUGGAAUAGUCUCCCAAGAACUGGAAUUAGAGCAUAUGAGGAGUAUAUUGGAAGAGGCGAUUGUGGAAACGCGCAGUACCCCUCUCGAAAAUCGACUGCGACUUCCUCGCAUACCCCCAAGCAAGCGGAAUCGGGCUGUCGUGAGGGCUCUUAACCCAAUGCUGGUGACCUAUUUAGAAGCCAGCCGGGACCUUUGCGAGACGGACUCGAUUCUCUUUGGCGCCGCACUGGCAGUGUGCCGUAUUAUAGGCGCCAAACUUCCCACGGCUGGACGCGCUACUGGACGAAGUAGCGCCAUCCCAGCCUGGAGAAUAAGAAUUGAAGAACGUAUCGCAAAGGCUAGGGCCCUUAUCGGCAGACUGAUAUGCUUCAGGUCGGGUAAUAAUAGACCGAGGAUUGUGCGCACCGUCAGGAUGGCGUUUGCUGGGACAAAUGUUAGUUUGUCCCAGCCGGAUAUCGCGCAGAAACUGACGGAGCGCAUAGACGACCUGAAGCAGAAAAUCGCUGCUUGGGGGAAGCGGAUUCGACGAUUUACCGAGAGGUCAAGGCGGUUUAACCAGAAUCGUCUCUUCCAAAGUGAUCAGAAGAGGUUCUAUAAAUCGUUGGAGCGACCAAAGGUAUGUGGAGCGGGCCAAGCACCGGAUCAGGCCGACAUUGUCGCAUUCUGGCGUGGCCUGUGGUCAGAGCCCGUAAACCACAGCGAGGGCCCUUGGAUGGAAGUUGUGGCGAGCCAGUGUGCGAGUGUAACGCCCAUGGACCCCGUCACUAUAACGCCGGAAGACGUGGCUGAGGCGGUCCGUAGGGCCCCGAACUGGAAAAGUCCGGGGCUCGACGGGCUGCAUCAUUACUGGGUGAAGGGGUUCAUAGUGUGUCACGUCGGAACUUCUCUGCCGCCUGGAUAG